AUGCCCAAGGUGCUCAUUUCACUAGAGGAGGCAGCGAAGAUCCCCGGGAACGCCCCAGUUGAGGCGAAGCAGCUGGCGGCGAACUGGCUGCAGCUAUUCCUGUCGCCGAAUCACGGGCGACCAGGUUUCGCGGAUGCCAUAGGCAGGAGGAUCAACUUGACCGAGAUUUCUAUUAACCCUAAUCCCAAUGAGCCCGAGAGGAGAGUGUGCCGGGUAGUAGCUGAGAUAAUAGUUGAGACUGACAUGGUGAAUGGGAUGGGUACGCUGCAUGGGGCAUGUGCUGCUUAUUUGAUAGACGACUGCUCGGCUUUACCCAUCGCCGCGUACUCUCUCGUCACCGGUGGCUCCGGAUCCUCUGGCGUUUCGCAAGCACUGAACAUUGUCUACCAUUCCCCGGCGUUGCUGGGAGACAAGCUUCGAGUCGUUAGCACGAGUCUUGCAGUGGGGUCACGGGUGAUGUCGGCUUGCUGCGAGAUCUGGGAUGAUAGCAGACAUCGUCUCGUUGCCUCUGGAACACAUAUAAAGAUGGAGCCGUCUAAGCCUCAGUCCAAGCUGUGAAUAGAGUCCAAACUGUCACAUGUCCUGAGAAUGUACGCUGAGUACUAUGUAGUUCUUGAAGUCUCCUCUAUGUGAGGGCUACUCCACAGAACCCGAAUCCGUGCCCCCG